CCGGCCACAAAAACUGCAUUAAAGUUCCGAUGAAAAAAAAAAAAAAAUAUUGCGCAGUGAAUAUUUAAAACGUUAGAAGAUAUAUAUAUAUUUUUGUAAUCGACAUUAGCUCUUGUUAUCGAUUGGUGGCAAUCACUUUAAUUUGGGACUUCCCACUAUUCUGAGAACAUACGGUUCAGGAUGAGUGAUGUUAACCAAGAUCACUACCACGUGUUGGGAUUGCAGCCGAACGCCACCGAUCGUCUAAUUAAAAACGCUUUCCACAAAUUGUCCCUGCAAUGGCAUCCCGACAAAAACGGCAAUGGAUCUGAUCAGUUCGUGAGGAUCAACAAAGCGUAUCGCGUCCUGAUGGACUCCAAAAAACGAGCCUCAUAUGAUUAUGUCUCUUUAAAGACAAAAUCUCAUAAAGUCGUCGUCAACCCUGCCGAGAAGUUUAUAGUCUCCGAUGAACUAACUCGGCGUGAUCCCUACUACUUUAUCAUGGAUAAGUAUCACUACGGACCAAAUGAUCCAAAGCGAUUCUUUCCAAUACCGAACCCCGGAGAACCUAACCCAGACGUAUUCUACGAAAAGCUCAAGGUGGCUGUGUUCAUAGGAGGUGUGCUAGUGGGCGCCUAUGUCUCCUACAGACUAUUCCAGAGAUCUGCUUCCCCGAUGCCAGUUCCGGUGGCAGUCAUCCCACAGGCUGUCAGCCAGGAGCUCAGUGAGGUGCACCCCGCGUCUUUGUGGACAUUGAUAUCUUGGCUAGCCGCUUUAAGAUCCAAAGCACUUUCAAGACUCGCCAAAUUGACUCCGCCAGGGCAAAAUAUUCGACUCUCUUCUAAGACUCUCAAUGCAUCUUUAUCUUCUGCUGGCGAGGUCGUUGCCAAAACAGUCACCCAAGGACCCCGAGUUGCAGUUCUACCAACGACUCCAAGUUCGUCUUUGACUUCGGCUGCCAACGUUGUGGCAAAGUCAAUAACACCAAAACCCAACAUUGAAUUGAAUCAUGCUGCUGAAGUUGUCGCCAAAACACUAACCCAGGGAACCCAAAAAGGAUCCUAUUCUGCUGCCGAUGAUGUAACUAAGAAAACUGUCACAGGACUGCUGAAGUACUGGAAAAAGAUUAUAGAAUCUCUAGGAAAGGGCUCUGCCUCCACCGUUCGUCCGACCUUAACAGCUUUCAAAAAAGCUACAGUUAAAUGUGUUACCAACAGUUGGAAAUGGACUGAAUCCAAAACAACUUCAUAUUUGGGUAUUUCCCAAAAGUAUAUUAAUAGAGCUAAUUUGGACAAGACAACAAAGGCAGCGGUUACUGGUAUGGAGCAUGUUUCAAAAACGGUUCUAUAUUCAGUCGCGAAAAGUACCAUCAAAGUUAUAGAAACAGCAACGUCAAAGGCUAGAAGUGUGUGGCCAGUAAACUUUCCUUCUGUGAUGUCUUUUAGCAGGAAGGUAGCUACCGAAGGAAAUAAACAACAAACGACAUCUUACCCCAUCUCAUCCAAGACACAAGAAGCAGCGCCAGCUUGUGAGACCACCCAGAGUUCACCAAGUUCAUUCAGAAAAAUGUUCAAUCCUGGUGUAUAUAUCAAAAUCUUGAUCCCAUUGUUUGUUUCCACAUGCGGCAUAAUAUUACUGCUAAAAGAAUACUAAAUUCCACAAAAACCAAAACUGAUUGCCAAACCGAUAGCCCCAGAGUCCGGAUAUUAUUCAGCUGCCAAAAAUAUAAUUGAGAAAACUUCCACAGGAGUGCUAACGGGCUGGAAAUGGUCCACAGGCUUUUAUACGAAGACCGUAAGUCCAGCCCUAACGACUUCUAACAGAGUUAUGGUCGAUGGAGUAAAAACUGGUUGGAAGUGGACUUCAUCCAAAACUGGUUCAUAUCUGGUUUCCCCGAUAAGGAAUAUGUCUAACGCAGCUUUGGACAAAAUAGUAACGCCGAAGAAAUAGAAAAAGGUCAAUGUCAAGCUCUGUGGACCUUAAGGAAAUCACCAAUAUUUUUUUUAGGGCGAAUAAUGUUUUUAAAAUGCAUCUUAUAACAUGCAGCCAUGAUUCCAAACGGCCUUUAUUGUCAAACUAAAAUGGGUUGCAUUAUUAAAACAAAAGUACAGUAUCGUUUAAAUCUAUUUUAAAAUUAUGUAUAAUUAAAGCUGUAAAGCGUUUGAAAUAUAUCAUUGUCAAAUAAACAUUGUGUGAUGUAAAACUCCAGGACAGCAGAACAUUGAGGCAGUGGUAUUGUAACUCAACCACGUUAGUUUUCUGUACCCUAGACUACAUAGACAUUACAUUAAAGAUUUUUAUUUUCAAUACAAA